UCUUUCUCAAAAUAAAAAAAAAUACUUCUUGUUCGUUUGUCUUUUCUUGCACAAAGUAAAGGAUGAAGCUUGAUAGCUCAACUAACUUCUUCCAGCUACCGGGAUACCUGAUUCUAUCAUUAUUAUUUACGGCAACAGCUAUCCAUGCUACUGGCAAUAGACACCAGGACCAUUAUCAGCAUCAUGAGCAAGAACAACAACACCACCAAGAUGGUGAGGCAGGAACAACACAUCAGCACCACCACCACGAUUAUCAUGGCUCCUACACGUGAUGUGCAUCAAGGAAGCACGUUCUUUGAUGGGUUCAAGUUUUUUAGCGAGCCAGAUCCUACGCAUGGAUUCGUCCAUUACGUCGACAAGGCCACGGCUGAGUCGAACAAGCUAAUACAAGUUCAACAUAGAGAUGAUAAUGCGAUCAUCAUAAAGGCGGAUAACCAUACUGUAAUUGCCCCUGAUGACGACAUUGUUGGUCGGUCCUCUGUGCGCAUUAUUUCGAAUGAAGCCUAUGAUUCUGGACUUUUCGUGUUUGAUGUAUACCACAUGCCCAUCGGCUGCGGUACCUGGCCAGCCCUUUGGCUUUUAGGUCCUGAUUGGCCUCAUGGCGGUGAGAUUGAUAUAGUCGAAGGUGUGAACAGGCAAACCCGUAAUUUAAUGACCUUGCAUACUUCCACGGGCUGCAUGCAACGGCCUCAUGCUAUACAAAGGGGCAAGACCAUCACCGACGACUGCGAUGUAAAUGCUGCCGAUCAGGAACAAAACCAAGGCUGCUCUGUGCAGGAUAGAUCAAAGCGCUCAUUUGGAACGGGAUUUAACCAACAUGGCGGUGGCGUGUUUGCUGUGCAAUGGAUGCCUAUGACGGGGAUCCAGAUCUGGUUCUUCGAAAGAGACCACAUCCCGCGCGAUAUCAAAGCUGGCAGUCAUCCUGAUCCAAGAACCUGGGGCACUCCUUCCGCCAAUUUCCCGUUUGACCAGCACUUUUGCAGCGCAACGCGUUUUCGCAAACUCAACAUUAUCAUCAACACGACCUUCUGUGGCGACUGGGCCGGUAAUCCCAAGAUCUACCAUGCCUCCAGAUGCCCUGGCGACUGUGUCGAAUUUGUCAGGAACAAUCCAGAGAAAUUUGAUGAAGCUUAUUGGCGCAUCAAAAAUAUCAAAGUGUACACGGCCCUUUUUUUCCAUUAA